AACUCAGAAAAUGAAUCUUUUCCAAGCAAUAACAAGUGCCUUGGACAACUCCUUAGCAAAAGACCCUACGGCAGUAAUAUUUGGUGAAGAUGUGGCCUUUGGUGGAGUCUUCAGAUGCACAGUUGGCUUGAGGGACAAGUAUGGAAAGGACAGAGUUUUUAAUACUCCACUAUGUGAACAAGGUAUUGUUGGAUUUGGAAUUGGGAUUGCUGUCACUGGGGCGACUGCCAUUGCUGAAAUUCAGUUUGCAGACUACAUUUUCCCUGCUUUUGACCAAAUUGUCAAUGAAGCUGCCAAGUAUCGCUACCGCUCCGGGGAUCUUUUUAACUGUGGAAGCCUCACGAUCCGGGCCCCUUGGGGCUGUGUUGGUCACGGGGCUCUCUACCAUUCUCAGUGUCCUGAAGCUUUUUUCGCCCACUGCCCUGGAAUCAAGGUGGUCAUCCCCAGAAGCCCCUUCCAGGCCAAGGGACUGCUUCUGUCAUGCAUCGAGGACAAAAACCCUUGUAUAUUUUUUGAACCUAAAAUACUUUACAGGGCAGCAGUGGAACAGGUUCCAGUGGAGCCGUACAAUAUCCCCCUGUCACAGGCUGAAGUCAUCCAGGAAGGGAGUGAUGUCACUCUAGUUGCCUGGGGCACACAGGUUCACGUGAUCAGGGAAGUAGCUUCGAUGGCAAGAGAGAAGCUUGGAGUGUCCUGUGAAGUCAUCGACCUGAGGACCAUAGUACCUUGGGAUGUGGAUACAGUUUGCAAGUCUGUGAUCAAAACGGGGCGGCUCCUCCUCAGCCACGAGGCCCCCUUGACAGGCGGAUUUGCAUCUGAGAUCAGCUCCACAGUGCAGGAAGAAUGUUUCUUGCACCUAGAAGCUCCUAUUUCUAGAGUGUGUGGCUACGACACGCCGUUUCCUCACAUCUUUGAGCCAUUUUACAUCCCAGAUAAGUGGAAGUGCUAUGACGCCCUUCGCAAAAUGAUCAACUACUGACCCCGU